GAGAACUUGGAGUAGCAACAGACAAGCUUGUAUUUGGAAGUGGGAUUGCUUUCUCAGUUGAACCAAGCAGACAAGAAUAUUCUACACCAGAAGUCAUUGCACUUAAAUCAAAGGAACCUAAACAAUAUGGCAGCAAAUUGAAUAUAGCUUGUUUGGCAAGGACAUUCUACCCUAAGAACAUCAGUCUUGAUGGGCCUGAGGGUCACAUUGUAUAUGAUCUGAAGGCACCUCUUAUCACAUCGGAGGGGAUGUACAGUACAUGGAAGGUAAUUGGAGUAAAACCAGAUGCAAAGGGGACCUGCAAGGCUGUGCACAAGAGAAAUGAGACUGCAGCCAGCACAAUUCUGCCAGAAGAGAAAGCUGAAGAACUGGUGACAGUGAAAGUUUGCAACAUUAUAGAUGCCUCUACAAAAGAUGUCAAAAUGGAAAAAAUGAAUAUGGUUUUCAUGGUGGUUUUGUGUUUGAGAGUUUUGCUGGCGAAAAGUAUUGCCUUCGGUACACUCAUGACUAUCAAGCUAUUCAUCUUUGAGGCUAGACCAGAGCACCUCAGGUUAUAUCAAAAAUCUUCUGCUGGCAGCUUCGAGUGGAGAAAGUCUGGAGAGAAGUCCAGACAUGUGAGGACUACAAAGGGAGAAUCCCCAAAUACAACAAAUUUGAAAAAGGAGAAGGAAAAUGUACUAAGUGAGCCAGCAAUGGGCUGAAGAAGAGUGGGAGAAAAUGUAACAGUGUGAUUUAAACACUGUGGCUCAACUUUGCUGCCAAUAAACAUCUAAGGAACCAAAGAAGCAAUAUCCCUUCCCAGUUCCUGUAGAACUUUGAGUCCCAUCACUUCAUCAAGGUGCUCUUCAGUUAACACCAUCUGAAAGCUUUCUUAAGCAGUUAAUAUUGUUGAACUCUUGUCUUGCUAAAUUUCAUUAAUUGUUACAACAAUUUUUUG